GCGGCGGCGGCGGGGACGCGGGCACCAUGGUGCUGUCGGUGCCCGUGAUCGCGCUGGGCGCCACGCUGGGCACGGCCACCAGCAUCCUCGCGCUGUGCGGGGUCACCUGCCUGUGCCGGCACAUGCAUCCCAAGAAGGGGGUGCAGCGGGAGCGGGACCCGGAUCCGGAGAAGGCGAGACCCGGCGUGCUCCGGUCCGCACAACAGUUCAAUGUUAAAAAGUCCACGGAGCCCGUCCAGCCCCGAGCCCUCCUCAAGUUGCCAGACAUCUACGGACCCAGGCCGGCUGUGACAGCCCCGGAGGUCAUCAACUAUGCGGACUAUACCCUGAGGACCACGGAGGAACCUGUUGCACCUGCCAGCCCCCAGGCCCCGAAUGACAGCCGCCUCAAGAGGCAGGUCACAGAGGAACUGUUCAUCCUUCCUCAGAAUGGUGUGGUAGAGGAUGUGUGUGUCAUAGAGGCCUGGAACCCAGAGAAGGCCGCCAGUUGGAACCAAGCCCCCAAACUCCACUACCGCUUGGACUAUGACCAGCAGAAGGCGGAACUGUUUGUGACUCGCCUGGAAGCUGUGACCAGUGGCCACGAUGGAGGCUGUGACUGCUAUGUCCAAGGCAGCGUGGCCAACAGGACGGGCACCGCAGAGGCCCAGACGGCCCUGAAGAAGCGGCAGCUGCACACCAUGUGGGAGGAAGGCCUGGCGCUCCCCCUGGCGGAGGAGGAGCUCCCCACAGCCACCCUGCUGCUGACCCUGCGGACCUGCGACCGCUUCUCCCGCCACAGCGUGGUCGGGGAGCUCCGCCUGGGCCUGGACGGGGUGUCUGUGCCUCUGGGGGCCGCCCAGUGGGGUGAGCUGAAGACUUCAGUUAAGGAACCAUCUGCAGGAACUGGAGAGGUCCUUCUAUCCAUCAGCUAUCUCCCAGCUGCCAACCGCCUCCUGGUCGUGCUCAUUAAGGCCAAGAACCUCCACUCCAACCAGCCCAAGGCGCUCCUGGGGAAGGAUGUCUCUGUCAAGGUCACCUUAAAGCACCAGGCUCAGAAGCUGAAGAAGAAGCAGACCAAACGGGCCAAGCACAAGAUCAACCCCGUGUGGAAUGAGAUGAUCAUGUUCGAGCUGCCGGAUGGCCUGUUGCAGGCCUCCAGCGUGGAGCUGGAGGUGCUGGGCCAGGACGAGGAGGGGCAGAGCUGUGCGCUUGGCCGCUGCAGCCUGGGCCUGCACGCCUCGGGCUCCGAGCGCAGCCACUGGGAGGAAAUGCUCAAAAACCCCCGGAGGCAGAUCGCCAUGUGGCACCAGCUGCGUCUGUAGCCAGCUGCCUGGGCUCCUCCCUUGUCGGGCACAGCCCCGCCCCUCCAGCCCCGCUGUCCUCCGCGACGUCUUCUUUGUGCCCCAUCCUCAUCCCGACACCCGGGGGGGACAGAUGUGUUUGCAAAGGCCAGGACCCCUCCCCUCUCUUCUUACACUCUCAUUUCUAAAACAUGAGCGAGGCAGGGCCGGGGGUGGACUCGGGACAUUUGGGUCCCACUGAGGAAUGCGUUUGGCUCCUCUGUGCUGUUGAAGAGACGCCUGUCAAAUACAGCCCACGGGCAGGUUUGGCCGGUGGGGUCCGGCCGGAUGCAGAGAGAGCUUAAGGCGGGGAAUAGCGUGCGUGCAGAAGGUGGCUCUUUAAAAAGAGGCGUGUCAAAAAUGAUGGAGGAAAUAAAGUAUCCUGGAUCAACUCGGAGAAUCAGGGAUUGUCGGGGUGGGAUGAAAUCGGCAUUAAAUCACGCCCCCGGCCCGGUCGCGGCAGGAACCCAGCAGUUCUCAAACCUUAGCGUGUAAAGAAUCACCAGCACAUUCCCCGGGCCCACCCGUCGACAUUCCAAGUCGAUCUUCCCGGCCGAAACCCAGGCACCUGCAUUUUUAACCAGCACCGAGGGGUUUUGAUGCCGAGGUUGGAGCACCGCCUUUGGAGAAAUCCCUUCUACAGCGUUCCGGACAGGUUUUUCGCAGUCCUUGUCGGGGCUGCAGUCCCCAGGGGCAGCCAGUUCCAGUGCAGGACAUCUCAACGGGCAGUGUGAAAUGUGGGAGGCCUGUCCGUUUCUUUCAUUUGACUAUUUUAAUGCUUAAUAUUUUCAUCUGUGCCCUUCAGAUCUUGUUCUGGGGCUGAAUUCUGUGCUUUUUGUUCAAUAACUCCCUAUCGUUUUAUCUCAAACUCGGUUCACGUUAUACUUGGGGAGAUCUUCCGGGACGAGCCUGUUCGUCACGAGGCACUAGUUGUCAUAUCCACCGACAUCACCCAAGUGACCCUCUGAGAUGCAUCUCUCAGCAUGCCAGCCCUUC